AUGCUGUCUCCCGAGGCGUUCGUGCGCUGGCUGCGGCUCGGCGUGGGCGCCGCGUUCUUGAAUUCCAAGCCCACCCCGCCGGACCCGUCCUUAAAGUCCAACUCCGAGCGACUGAGCCACCUCGAGGACCCAGCCGUGCGCACGUCGCUCGGCGACAAAGGCGGGGUCGCGGUCCCGGAUCCGAGGUGGCGGCGAGGUGGGAACGCCGCCAACCGCCUGGUAACCGCCAACCGCCUGGUCGCCGCGUCGUUCGCGCUCGUCGGCGUUUACCUAGCCGCGCGCUUCUUCGACGACGAGAAGGACAAAAACGUCGACGCUCCUCCUCCUCCUUCGGGAACGCCCCGAACGAGCGCCGCCGGCGCGAAAGGCGCGUGGCGACCGGUGUUCGACCCGGGGAGCAACCCGGCGUUGGAGACCACGGGGGCGUCCAAGUUCGACAAGCCCUCGGGCGAUGACGACAAGUCGGUGAUGGAGCACCGGCUCGCCGCGGACACGUCGGGCAGGAACCUUCCGUCAGCCAGCGUCCACCAGCAGGACAGCGUGACCAGGCGCAGGUGA